AUGGCGACGUCGGUGCUCGAGGCGCAGCAACGACUGUCCACGCUCUCCGUCUGCGCUAUCGCAGACGCAAUGGCAAAGCUGCAGAUCCAUAGCCAUCUCGUGGACGUACUUCCAGUUCCGAGCUCUCUGUCUUCCUCCUCGUCGUCGUCGUCGUUCUUGACCACUAACAUUUGCGGGUCCGCGUUUACGGUUCAACUUGUACCCGCAACAGGCGCCAGCGUCAAGAAACAGUCAUUCCACUACGUCGACAAGACCGCGUCGGGUCAAGUAAUUGUCAUCAGUGCUCCAUCGGGCAGCACGUCGGGCGUCUUUGGUGGCCUCUUGGCUGCAGCUGCCAAGGCUCGAGGUGCAGUGGCAGUUGUGACGGACGGCCGAGUGCGGGACGUGCAGGAAUUGAGCGCUAUGGACUUUCCUGCUUUCUCGUGCGGGACGUCCGUGCACGGACAGCAAGGGGCAACGACCGUCGCCGACGUGAACUGCCCUAUCGUCGUUGCUGGCUGUGUCGUGCGGCCGAACGACAUUAUCCGAGGCGACGUCAAUGGUGUGCUUGUUGUCCCGAUUGAACGUGCAGAGGAAGUAGCUGCCAUGGCGGCGAGGAUUGAACAACAGGAUGAUCAUGUUGCAAAAGCUGUGAAGCAGGGCUCUGGUCUGCAAGAGUCUUUUCGGCGCUUUCGCUCGAAGCUAUAA